AUGAAGGUUUCAAAUACUUUGGCCCAGGUCUUUGGACUUUGGAUGUCAAUCAGCGCUGUAGUUGAAGCUAAGGGACACUCUCGAAACGAUGCGUGUCACCCGCACCAUCCAUUCAAGCCCCUUCCGGAUAGCCAUCCCAGGACUCGCACCUGCCAUGUAGCUAACCGUGGCCGUGGACGCGACGAUUCAGACAAUGUUCUGAAGGCAGUGAGGAAAUGCAACAACGGAGGAAAGGUCGUCUUCGAUGCCGGCAAGACCUAUACGAUUGCAAAGGCAAUUGACAUGUCUGCCCUGAAGCACGUGGAUCUCGUGAUCAACGGCCAUGUCCUAUUCAGUGAUGACACGGAUUAUUGGCAAAAGAAUGCUUUCAGCCAUGUCUACCAAAACGCCACAACAUUCUUCCAGAUCGGUGGUGAGGAUGUCAAUGUCUAUGGUACUGGAACCCUGGAUGGUAACGGCCAGGUCUGGUAUGACUUGUAUGCCGAGGAUCCCCUCAUCCUGCGUCCGAUUCUGGUGGGUAUCAUUGGGCUAAAUGGAGGUACCAUUGGACCUCUCAAGCUUCGUUAUUCGCCUCAGUGGUAUCACUUCGUGGCAAACUCAUCCAAUCUCAUUUUCGACGGAAUUGAUAUCAGUGGAUUCAGCACUAGUGAGCAUGAGGCUAAGAACACCGACGGAUGGGACCUCUACCGUUCGACAAAUAUUGUCAUCCAGAACUCUGUCAUCAACAAUGGAGAUGAUUGCGUCUCAUUCAAGCCCAAUGUUACCGACAUGCUGGUCCAAAACCUUCACUGCAACGGCUCCCACGGUAUCUCCGUUGGCUCUCUGGGCCAGUACAAGGGCGAGGUUGAUAUUGUGGAGAAUGUGCUCGUGUCUAAUAUCUCUAUGUUCAAUGCAUCGGAUGGUGCCCGUAUCAAAGUGUGGCCUGGAUCUCCCGCUGCGCUCUCUACCGAUCUCCAGGGCGGUGGCGGCUUGGGCCGGGUGAAGAACAUUACCUACGACGGCAUGAUCAUUGACAAUGUCGACUAUGCCAUCGAAGUGACCCAGUGCUAUGGCCAGAAGAAUUUGACUCUCUGCAACGAGUACCCGAGCAAGCUUGUCAUCGAAGAUGUUUACUUCAAGAAUAUCAAAGGUGUCACCUCUGGUAAGCGUGAUCCUUUGGUGGCAAUGAUUGUCUGCUCAAGUCCCGAUGUUUGCAAAAAUAUCAACGCCGAGAACAUUGACGUUAUUAGCCCCAAGGGGAAGGAUCAGGUCUCUUGCACAAAUGUCGACGACAAUUUGCUGGAUGUGAACUGUGUUCCUAGCUAG